AUGGCUCCUGCGAAGCUCCUCUUCGCCGUCGUCGUCGCGCUUCAGGCCUCCGCGAUCCUCGCGCAGACGUGCUCGUGCGCCGACUGCGAGACGGUGGCCCCUCCCUGCUACGCCAGCAGGUGGUACGCGUGGUGGAUCAAGGACGACUGCAGCUCGCAGUCGCUGUGGAACAGCGUGCAGUCCUCCAGCGACGUGCGCAGCAGCGUGCUGGCCGUGUGGGGCCCCGGCACGCCCGGCUCCACCACCUCCUUCCAGAGCUACGUGCUCAUGGCGGCCAACAACCGCAGGAACCCCAGUUGCGUCAAGACGUACCUGCUCGACUGGAUCAAGUGCAAGGCCGCGCCCACUGACUCGGCCGUUCAGUUUUACAACUCUGCACUGGGCGUGGGGGUGAGCGGGGUGAAGGAUGUGCGGUCGCUCAACACUUAUGUGACGGCGGUGAUCAAGAAGAUUGGCCAGACCGUGUUUAACACGCUCGCUGGCAUGCUCAGGCAGUGCGGCCUGCAGGCUCAGCCAAUCGGCAUGGUGCUCGCACGUGUUCUCACGGGCUCCGUUCGUCGCGGAGCCUCUAAAUCCCGCCCCGUUUCCCUCGCCUCUCGCCUCUCACCACCCAUUUCCACUCCCUCCGCUAUAAACACCACUCCCUUCGCCGCGCCUCAUGCCUGUAGCGGAGCAGCAGCGCUGCGUCCUAUAGCGGGGAUGCCGCCGCUCUUGCCGUUCGCAGCAGCGGGUGCUGUUGCGUCGUCGUCGACGCUAGCAGGAGUCGCCGGGGCGGGGUCGCCCAGCGGCGUGGCAUGCGGGCCGCAGCUGACGGAAGGAAUAGACUCGUCGCCUUCUGCUCCCGCUGCACACGUUUUUAAACAGGUGACAUGCCUUACAACAGUGUAUUGCGCGGAUAAAGCGGAUGAAGAGGCAGCACAAGCAGGGCAAGUCGGGCCUGCCUACCUAUACGUACCCUUUCCCCUAUCUUCCACUCUCACCGCGCCUACCUCUCCAGUGAUUGAGCUGGAGCGGCUACAGGCGGAGGCGCUGAAGGACAUGAUAGAGCUGGAGCGGCUACAGGCAGAGGCGCUCAAGGGCGGGGGGUUUGAGCGGAUACGCAAGCAGCACAAGCAGGGCAAGCUGACCGCCAGAGAGCGCAUCAUGACUCUGCUGGACCCUGGGUCGUUUGAAGAACUCGGUGAGUGGCGCGGCAGUGCAGUGCAAGCAUCAGUGGCAGGGCAAGGCAAGGUGGCAGCGAGAGAGCGAGUGAUGACUGUGCUGGUCCCAGGGUUGACUGAAGAGGUCGACAUGUUGGUGCAGCAUCGCUGUCGGGACUUUGGCAUGGAUGAGACACAGAUUGCAGGCGAUGGCGUUGUGACUGGCAGCGGCACCAUCAAUGGGAGGCUGGUGUUUGUGUUCAGCCAAGACUUCACCGUGUUUGGCGGAAGCCUGUCAGAGACCCAUGCGAGCAAGAUAGUGAAGAUCAUGGAGAAGGCAAUGCUAGUGGGAGCACCUUCACAGGUCAUAGGCAUCAACGACUCGGGGGGAGCUCGCAUUCAGGAGGGCGUUGUGUCGCUCGCCGGCUAUGCCAACGUCUUCCAGCUGAACGUGCUGGCAUCGGGAGUUAUUCCGCAGCUCUCCCUCAUCAUGGGGCCCUGCGCAGGUGGUGCUGUCUACUCGCCUGCUCUCACAGAUUUUGUGGCCAUGACUCGAGGCACGGCGUACAUGUUUGUCACGGGGCCUGACGUGGUGAAGCAAGUCACGUUUGAGGAUGUCACUCGGGAUGAGCUGGGAGGGGCGGACGUGCAGUCCAAGUCAGGAGUGGUGCACCUGGCGUAUGACAACGAACUCGAUGCUCUUGCAAGGAUCCGGGACCUCUUUGACUUCCUGCCGCUCUCCAAUCAGCAUGCGCCACCUCUGCGCCCCAACUUCGACUCCCCCAACCGCGUGUCACCCUCGCUGGACUUUGCUGUGCCGCGGGACCCCAACACGGCAUACGACAUGGUGGAGAUCAUCGAGCAGGUGGUGGACGAUGGGGAGCUGUUUGAGGUGCAGGGAGGCUUUGCACGAAACAUCCUCAUUGGAUUCGCGAGGCUGGACGGGGGCACGGUGGGAGUGGUGGCGAAUCAGCCCAAGGAGCAGGCGGGCUGCCUCGAUAUCAACGCCUCCAUUAAGGGAGCUCGCUUUGUGCGUUUCUGCGAUGCGUUCAACAUCCCCAUCCUCACCUUCGUCGACGUCCCAGGCUUCCUCCCAGGCACAGAGCAGGAGCACAAUGGCAUCAUCAGGCAGGGGGCGAAGCUGCUGUACGCGUAUGCGGAGGCCACGGUGCCCAAGCUCACUGUCAUCACUCGCAAGGCGUAUGGGGGGGCGUACGACGUGUUGUUUACACAACCAUGCAGAGGCCACGGUUUUGAAGUGUGGCUGUGGCUUCUGCAUGUGGCUUCUGCAUGUGGCUUCUGCAUGUGGCUUCUGCAUGUGGCUUCUGCAUGUGGCUUCUGCAUGUGGCUUCUGCAUGUGGCUUCUGCAUGUGGCUUCUGCAUGUGGCUUCUGCAUGUGGCUUCUGCAUGUGGCUUCUGCAUGUGGCUUCUGCAUGUGGCUUCUGCAUGUGGCUUCUGCAUGUGGCUUCUGCAUGUGGCUUCUGCAUGUGGCUUCUGCAUGUGGCUUCUGCAUGUGGCUUCUGCAUGUGGCUUCUGCAUGUGGCUUCUGCAUGUGGCUUCUGCAUGUGGCUUCUGCAUGUGGCUUCUGCAUGUGGCUUCUGCAUAUGGCUUCUGCAUGUGGCUUCUGCAUGUGGCUUCUGCAUAUGGCUUCUGCAUGUGGCUUCUGCAUGUGCCUCUGCUCCUUGCUCCUCUCAACCUUUUCUCUCCUUGCUCCUCUCAACCUUUUCUCUCCUUGCUCCUCUCAACCUUUUCUCUCCUUGCUCCUCUCAACCUUUUCUCUCCUUGCUCCUCUCAAACUUUUCGCUCCUUGCUCCUCUCAACCUUUUCUCUCCUUGCUCCUCUCAAACUUCUCGCUCCUUGCUCCUCUCAACCUUUUCUCUCCUUGCUCCUCUCAACCUUUUCUCUCCUUGCUCCUCUCAACCUUUUCUCUCCUUGCUCCUCUCAACCUUUUCUCUCCUUGCUCCUCUCAAACUUUUCGCUCCUUGCUCCUCUCAACCUUUUCUCUCCUUGCUCCUCUCAAACUUCUCGCUCCUUGCUCCUCUCAACCUUUUCUCUCCUUGCUCCUCUCAACCUUUUCUCUCCUUGCUCCUCUCAAACUUUUCGCUCCUUGCUCCUCUCAACCUUUUCUCUCCUUGCUCCUCUCAAACUUCUCGCUCCUUGCUCCUCUCAACCUUUUCUCUCCUUGCUCCUCUCAACCUUUUCUCUCCUUGCUCCUCUCAACCUUUUCUCUCCUUGCUCCUCUCAACCUUUUCUCUCCUUGCUCCUCUCAAACUUCUCGCUCCUUGCUCCUCUCAACCUUUUCUCUCCUUGCUCCUCUCAACCUUUUCUCUCCUUGCUCCUCUCAACCUUUUCUCUCCUUGCUCCUCUCAAACUUUUCGCUCCUUGCUCCUCUCAACCUUUUCUCUCCUUGCUCCUCUCAAACUUCUCGCUCCUUGCUCCUCUCAACCUUUUCUCUCCUUGCUCCUCUCAACCUUUUCUCUCCUUGCUCCUCUCAACCUUUUCUCUCCUUGCUCCUCUCAACCUUUUCUCUCCUUGCUCCUCUCAAACUUUUCGCUCCUUGCUCCUCUCAACCUUUUCUCUCCUUGCUCCUCUCAAACUUCUCGCUCCUUGCUCCUCUCAACCUUUUCUCUCCUUGCUCCUCUCAACCUUUUCUCUCCUUGCUCCUCUCAAACUUUUCGCUCCUUGCUCCUCUCAACCUUUUCUCUCCUUGCUCCUCUCAAACUUCUCGCUCCUUGCUCCUCUCAACCUUUUCUCUCCUUGCUCCUCUCAACCUUUUCUCUCCUUGCUCCUCUCAACCUUUUCUCUCCUUGCUCCUCUCAACCUUUUCUCUCCUUGCUCCUCUCAAACUUCUCGCUCCUUGCUCCUCUCAACCUUUUCUCUCCUUGCUCCUCUCAACCUUUUCUCUCCUUGCUCCUCUCAACCUUUUCUCUCCUUGCUCCUCUCAACCGCCUCCCUCUUUCCUGCAAUGAUUAGCUCUAAGCUCCUGACAGGCAACGCCACCUAUGCAGCCUUGCCCUUCUUCUCCCAUCUCCCUUGCUCUUGCUCCAAGCACCUGAGGGGCGACGCCAACUACGCAUGGCCAUCGGCAGAGAUUGCAGUGAUGGGAGCCAAGGGAGCAGCAUUGAUCCUCCACAGGGGCAGCGUGGACCUGGAGAGCCUCACAGCAGAGUACCCACGCAUGCAGGGAGGGUGA